UGCAUUGGCACGGAAAGACUCACGGGAAACUGUUGGCGUUGCACUCCCCCUCUCUCCCUACGUACACACGCUCACUGUUUGGAUCUAAUAAAACACGCCACGACACAACGCUCCGGUUCAGUAACUGACGCAGUGUACUCCGGGCUCAGUUUUGUACAAGAGUUUCCCCAUGCCAAAACGAUACUGCAGGUGGCCAGCUAGAAGUCAAAGUCGAGGCCUGUAAUUGAGUCAACACCUUUUCCGGGGCACCUAACCAUCGAUUGGCACGCAGCAAACAGCGGAAUUGGCUAAUUGUUAUAAAAAGAUCGGGGCGCUGGCCCAGACAGGCAAAUCUUCUAGUGUCCUAUCAGCGAGGAGCAAACGGCGCUCUUGUCUCAGCGUAUAAGAACCGCACGAGUCAAGUCCAAGGAUUCACUCUCGACUGAAGGAUCAUUUACUCUUUUCUCUAUUCCUUUUCGCGGAACUUCUUCGAAGGAAUACCCACUCGGAGCAGCCUUGACAGAAUCCAAGGGAUUUUUCACUUGUGUUUCGAUCAUUGUGGGAUAAUACUCGGUUUAACCGGUCUGCCUUUGAUAAUUUCCGUGGAAUAUAGUCGAACCUUAAAUUGAAGGAGCCCUUGGCUCCAGAGAAUUGACACAAGAGAUAUUUUGUACACAGCGUGUUGCUGAUGCCAACUCGCGCCACCAUGGCCAGGUUAACGUACUACGUUUUUGCCUUCGGCUUUUUGUGCUCCGCGCUCCACUGCCAGUUAACAAAGGCCUACGAGGAAGUAGACGUGAUGCUAGCAUCUGGCAUCUCAGCCAGAACGCCAGGGGUAAGAGAGACGAAAACACCAGAGGGUGGGCGAGCCUUCAAGGUGAGGCCCAAGGACCGGGAUCUAGGCACCGACCAAGGCAGCCUGGAGCGCCUGCUCAGGUCCAUGAAAGCAGACGAGGGAUUCAUCCUCAUCACAGUCGCCUACCAGGACCCUAAAAACCGCGGCACGCUGGUCUCCGUCGAUCGCACCGACGGCCAGGUCCGGGGCUUCGGCUUCCACAUAGACCGGCGGAACGACGAGGCUGUGGUGCAGUUUGCCGAGUUCGGCGCGGGCGAGCCCCAGGAGAGCCAGGUAGUCUUCUCCCCGUUGAACAUCGGCAAAGACGACACAGAACUGCACACGUUCGUGUUGGACGUGCGUGGCAACCUGGUGACUCUCUACAUGGACUGCCAACUGAUUGGAUUAAAGAUCUUACCCUCGUCAUUUUACAUGAACAUGGAGCCUGAUAACAUGAAGCUCCGACUUGGAAAGGGACUCCCCGACAGAAACAACGUGCUGGAUUUUAAGGGAACCCUCGCGGUAGCCAAGUUUGCAUUUCAGACCAGCACCACGGAUGUUCUGAUCAGCCAGGGCUGUGAAAUCGAGCCGGUCUUCUCUUCAUCCCAGAUCAGCUUCGGGAGUAGCUUCCCUCUGCCGAUCGGUGAAUCAGAACCAAGCCACAUAAGCAGUGAUGCAGCGAUGCCUGGUGGAGAAGGCAAUGUCGAGCAGAGCACACCCAACAACAACAACCACGGCGACAGCGGGAGUUUCGGCAACAGCGGCCUCAGCGACAGCAUGAGCUUCGGUGGCGCGAUCCCCGUGCCUCCAGGUGGAAGUUUCAGUAAUCUCAACCCGGGGGUGCCAAGCAGCACCGGCGGUACCAGCGGGAACGUCAUGCCCCAGCCCGUGCCCGGCACCCCGCCCCACCUACCUACCAACAUGGGCUACAUGCACCCGAACGCGGCGCCUACGGAUGACACCAUGCAGGGCCAGUGCGCCUACACCUGCGAACAGAUCAGUAAUCUCAACAAUCAGGUGCAGGUGCUGUCCGACGGCUAUGACGACAUGUGGAAUAAACUGGAGCACUUCGAGAACCAGAGGCCGCCAGAGUGGCCGUCACAGCAAGGAUGCUGGUACAUGAAGACACUCUACGACGAUGGAGACGUCUUCAAAGUAGACAAGUGCAAGUCCUGCGAGUGUCGGGUGGAAGGAGGGCUGCCAACGGUGGAAUGCUCUCUCAUCAAAUGCCAGCCAGGGAAAUGCGCAAACCCCAUCAUCAUGGAAGGAGACUGUUGCCCGACAUGUCCGAACGACAACCUAGGUUGGAGCGAUUGGGCGGAAUGGACCUCGUGCUCAGUGACUUGCGGAAACGGUAUCCAACAGCGUGGACGGUCGUGCGAUCGGACGCAGUUUGAGUGCAAUGGGAACGAUGUUGAAACACGGGUCUGCUACCUCGAUCCGUGCAUAGAGAUUGUGGACGGAGGCUGGAGUAAUUUCACCCCGUGGUCCUGCGGCGUGACGUGCGGUAACGGUACGGAGAGCAGGAUGCGAUCCUGCAACUCGCCAAGACCCAAGAACGGUGGCAAGAGGUGCGAUGGAGAAUUAGACGGGGCAGGCAGGGAGGAACGACCGUGCGGCAGAGACCCGUGUCCUGUGGAUGGACAGUGGGGCCAGUUUUCAGAAUUCACCCCGUGUACCAAGACGUGCGACGGAGGGUGGCAGGAACGCUACCGAUUCUGCGACAGCCCGCCCCCUGCCCACGGUGGGAGGGACUGCGUGGGCUCGGACACCCACCGGCGCAUGUGCAACGAAUGGCCCUGUCCCAUUGAUGCUUGCCUGUCCAGCCCAUGCUUCGAUGGUGUUGAGUGUGUCAGUUUCACCGAUGGUCGCUAUGAGUGCAAAGACUGCCCAGUUGGCUAUACCGGGAAUGGUAUCUUAUGCCAAGACAUCAACGAGUGUCUCCUCGUCUCCGAUGCUUGCUUCAACUUCCACGGCGAGCACCGCUGCCUCAACCUCAUCCCCGGCUACACCUGCCGUAAAUGCCCCAUCGGAUACAGAGGCAACCAGCCCUCAGGGAUGGGCGUCUACCACGCCAAACGAUAUAAGCAGCAAUGCAUUCCCAUCAACCCUUGCGCCGAAGGGACAUCGAGCUGUCACAUUGACGCCAGAUGUAUUUUCUACGGACCCUACUCAGAUCCACAAUACGGCUGCAAAUGUAAGACGGGUUUUGCUGGUGACGGCGUUCACUGCGGCUACGAUAGCGAUCUUGACGGCUGGCCAGAUGAGCAACUGGAUUGCGAGGAUCACGGGGACUACACGCAUUGCACGCGGGAUAACUGUGCAUCUCUGCCGAACAGCGGACAAGAAGAUAACGAUGGCGACGGCAAAGGUGACGCCUGUGACGCCGACGAUGAUGACGAUCUUGUGGAUGAUGUUGCGGACAACUGCCAGUUCAUCUCCAACUGGCAACAGUUCGACAUCGACGAUGACGGAGUGGGUGACGUUUGCGACAACUGUCCUUUCGUCAGCAACACGCGACAGGAGGACACGGACUCCGACGGUGACGGGGACGUGUGCGACUAUGACAUCGAUGAGGAUGGUAUAUAUAACGAGGACGACAACUGUAUGUACGUGGCUAAUGCCAGACAGCUGGACUUUGACGAGGAUGGCUACGGAGAUGUGUGCGACAACUGUCCAGACUAUGGGAACCCAGAUCAAAUGGAUAUUGACGACGAUAAUGUAGGCGACGUUUGCGACACCGACAGGGACGUUGACAACGAUGGGCACCAAGACGACCUGGACAACUGUUGGAACAUCGCCAAUAGUGACCAGGCAGAUCACGAUAUGGACGGAAUCGGAGACGCGUGCGACUUUGACGAUGACAACGAUGGCAUUGAAGAUGUGGAUGACAAUUGUCGCCUGAUAUUCAACCCAAGUCAGAACGACACAAAUGAAAACGGUCGCGGUGACGCAUGCGAGUACGACAAUGACGGCGACGGUGUGACCGACCUGCAGGACGCGUGUCCAGACAACGCCAACAUCCAGAGGACAGACUUGUCCCACUUCCAGCUCAUCAAGCUGGACCCAGAGGGCUCGGCCCAAAUCGACCCUCACUGGAUCGUCCGGAAUCGAGGCCAGGAGUUGGUGCAGACGAUCAACAGCGAUCCCGGCUUAGCCAUAGGCUAUGACGAGUUUAAUUCGGUCGAGUUCAGCGGCACGUUCUACGUCAACACGGAACGAGACGACGACUACGCCGGCUUCGUGUUCGGGUACCAGUCAAACCACAGAUUCUACUCUGUCAUGUGGAAGCAGGUCACGCAGAAGUACUGGGAACCAAUGCCAACCAUGUCAGAGGCCACGGCUGGUCUCCAACUCAAGUUGAUUAACUCCACAACGGGUCCCGGCGAAUAUUUAAGAAAUGCACUGUGGCAUACUGGAGACACGAGUGAUCAGGUCAAGUUAAUUUGGAGCGACGCUAAUAAAAUCGGCUGGAAAGAUUUCACAGCGUACAGAUGGAUUCUCACGCACAGGCCGAGAACUGGCUACAUCAGAGUUACCAUGUACGAGGGCAGCAAGGUGCUAGCAGACUCUGGCGCCCUCUAUGACUUCACGUUACAAGGCGGACGUAUCGGUCUUUUCUGCUUCUCACAAGAGAUGGUCUUCUUCUCCGAUCUCCAGUACAAAUGUCUGGCUGAGGAAUAACACCUAGGACAGCAUCAACCCCGUAGCGAACAAAUACACUGACUAGCGUGAAGAGAACCACCGCCUUGGCAGCUGUAAAUAGAAUGACUUUAUGGAUUAUAAUAUACGUCUUCAAAAGUUUAAGUUCUCAAUUUUAUCAGCCGUAUCAACGACAGGAGGAGGAGACUAACCGUUUCAGCUGCAUCAGACUAUACCAAGCACUGCUGCCCAUACCGUAAUAUUUGGAGUUAGCCCUAUCCUUAGCCAUGCAUAAACCUUUAUUGUGGCAACUGCUGUAUAUUCUAUGCAUACUGUCAUAGCCAGGACAUUCUACCGUGUUACGGAACUUUUUGCAAUUAUGGACUAUUUUGCGCGAACGGGACUGGCGGAGAACACCAUGCCGCAUUUUGGAUCUGUGAAACAGUACGCAUAUAAUUAUUAACUUUUAAAAAGUAUUACGAACUUAUACUAGAUAUUGUUUAAAGUGUUGUUGUGUAUAAAUCAGCGCAUGCGCUUUCUUGUGGCUGUGGUCUCCCUCACAGGCAGUAUUUGGCGCUUUUUUUUUUUACUUUGUGGACGUACUGCGAUUAUAAUUAUGCUUCACUUGGUGCGUGGGCAUUGGCCAAUGAAAUUCCGAAGACACGAGAAGAGUCUAAAAUUGUACAGGUUUGUUAUUCAAUUCUCAAUGCUUCCAAGACUGGUUUUUUUUGUACUGCAUUCACUGUAAAAGUGGACCGAAAUAUUGAUGACACUUGGACAGUAUAUGAAAACCUACAGUCUUUAGCGCUUUUGCCCGUGUAGUUCAUGCAGUCAUUAAGCACCGUUCGAUUGCUUGCUAAAUGCCCAGUGUUCAUCAACACGUUGCCAUGUCCUAAGUGGCUCCCUAAUUGUCUUCCUCGUAUUUCGAUCGUUUUAAGUAUGUUAUAUAUUUUUGUGCAUCUAUUUAUGGUGUAACGGAAAAUUAUAUUGUAAAGCUUUAUGACAUAAAGCAAGUUUUUGUUCUGUGUUUUUUAUGUGUGUGUGCCAAAAAAUUGUUUUAUCUGCCUGUGUAUUAUUCCUCAUGCUAUGUUAAUCUUCUAUAUAAAUAUCUGUAAAUGUUCUUGUUUACUUUCUUGGGUCGUGAUUUUUUGUCAACAACAGGAGCUCACGAAACCUAUAUCGUAUAACUGUGACAUAUGUCACCAAUUUAUGCAGUAAAAUGCUUCUUAAGAUAUUGUUAAUAAUAACCACUUCUAUAAAUGUUUUUUUUUAACGCAUGCACUUUUCAACUAUUCAAAACUCUAUAGUGGGUCACUUUGUGUUGCAGAAUGGUAUCUGCUAUACAUGUUUUAUUAUACCAGACGAGACUAACAAAAUGUGUACAUUUUAGCGCGCGGAAAGUUGCAAUAUCAUGAAUUCAAACGGCAGUCAACUGAAAAUAAUGCCAGUGAUAAACUUGGUUAUCAUCAUCUUGGAGUAAAAUGUAUAGGUGGCGCCAAAUUCCGCCAAAAAAAGGUGUGAAAGAUAAGACGAAUGUCAAGACAUUUACUUCGGUAUCACUUCUUAUAGAUUCUCCCGUUCUUGUGAUUAUUUUGGGCGGACAUCUUUGUAUGUAUUUUUUCCCUAUUUAUUAUUUAUUGGACUUGCAUAAAACAAAUAUUGAGCAAUGAGUUGGGAGGUUUACGGUACCACCAUGUGAGUGAUAUCUCUUUGUGAAUUGUGUGGUUCUGAAAAGAACCAGUUGGUUUAUACUCGACGUUUCGAACAGUAUGCUGUGUUCUUCAUCAGGUGUCGCCUGUUGACGAACAGACUGUCCGAAACGUUGAGUUAAACCAACUGGUUCUAUUCAGAACCUCACAAAUCACAAAGAAAUAUCAUUCACAUGGUGUUACCACAAACCUCCCAAUUCAUUGAUCGUGUCCUCCAUUCAAACCCUUUUAGUUUCACAUAUUGAGAAACCACAUCAGAUUUUAUAUUGUUGAAGACAGCUUGCGUGGUGGAUGCUAUUUAGCUAUGGAAUGUCUGCAUGAACGGGUAUAACAAUCAACCUGAUGUGGUUUAUUCCACUGUCUGUGGUUAAAGUUCCAUUGUGUACAUCCUAUGGAAUAUGUUGGUUUAAGAAAUUGAGUAACAUUAAUUCAGUUUUAUUGAAUGAGUUAAAUUCCAAAAUCUGAUGCGACAUUCAUGCUGCUUGCCACAUAGCAUGGAGCUGUGUUUAUAGCUCCAUGCACAUAGUAUCUCGUUAUCGCAUCAAUGGGAGAAUAUGGCAUUAUUUUCAGUUGGCUUGUAAUUCUAAGUAGAAGUGCUUGUAUCUCGUAUUGUAUCCCUGAACAAAUCCUAUAAAGGGUUCGAUGUAUGUAUACUCGUAUUGGAAAAAAAUACUAAAAAAUAAUAAAAAGCUGUAGAUAUCCCGCCUCAGUUUCA